AUGAAAUCCAUCACUUUUUCUUUGGUUCUUGCGAUCUUUGUUGCCUUUGUUUAUUCUACCCCUUUUCCACAAGCACCAGAAGCACCAGGAGAUGGUGGUGAACCCAAAAUUGUUGUUGCUGGUCCUGGUCCAGGUCCUUGGUCCCAAGGUUCUGAACAAGUCGCUAGUUGGUGGUCAAUAGGAAUUGAAGAUGAACCAGUAACUGUUUCUACCCUCGCAGAAGGAGAUCCUACGCCAAUCUUUAGCGCUGAUUCCACCGUUCUUGCUGGAAGUUUACCAUUCCCAAUCGAUGAUAAAUAUUCUCCUGGAACUAAUUAUAUUGUUGAAGUCGCUCUCAAGUCUAACCCUGAGGUUAAAGGUACUGGUGAACCUUUCACGGUAACUCCUGCUUCUG